UGAAAUCGCGUCAAUACCAAUCCCCCACCUGGACGGCUGCAGCCUUAUGAUAUCGUCGCCGCCGCCAGAAUAGUAUAGUUCUCGUCGGUGAUGACACCGCCUCGGCAUUUCUAGGACAUCGAUUGUUUAAUUGCGCCGUCGUCACAGUCAUCGGUGGCCACGAACCACCACCCGACCGCGCCCAUGAUGGACGAAUUUGCUUCCGAGUCUGAUAGCGACUACACGAGCUACUGGAGGGACUGGUUUAUCUCAUCCCGCGGCAAUGAGUACUUCUGCGAAAUUGACGAGGACUACCUCACAGACCGCUUCAACCUGACUGGCCUUAACACGGAAGUUCAGUACUACCAGUAUGCGCUCGAUCUCAUCACCGACGUCUUCGACCUCGAUUGCGACGAUGACAUGAGAGAGACGAUCGAGAAGUCGGCCCGCCAUCUGUACGGCUUGAUUCAUGCGCGCUACAUAGUCACGACUAGGGGUCUGUCUAAGAUGCUUGACAAGUACAAGAAAGCCGACUUUGGCAAAUGUCCCCGCGUCUUCUGCCACUCGCACCCGCUCCUCCCCAUGGGCCAAACCGACGUGCCGAACCAGAAGCCCGUCAAGCUCUACUGUGUCCGCUGCGAGGACGUCUACAACCCCAAGUCGUCCCGCCACGCCGCCAUCGACGGUGCCUACUUCGGCACCUCGUUCCACAAUAUCAUGUUCCAGGUCUACCCGGCCCUCGUCCCGCCCAAGAGCUCCGAGCGCUAUAUCCCCCGCGUCUAUGGCUUCCGUGUCCACGCCCCGGCCGCCUUAAUUCGCUGGCAGAACAUGCAACGCACCGAAAUGCUGCGGCGGUUGCGCAAGCUCGAGGUCGAGAGCGGCUUCAAGAAUGAUAAUGGUGAGGUGGAUUUGGAUGAGGAAGAUGACGAGGACGAGGAUGAUCUGGAUGCUGAGAACGAUGUCCUUAUCGAGGGGACCGGUAUGAAUGUCGUUGGUUGAUGGAUAUCGUAACAGAAAGGAAUAAAGACAGAAGAAAUCCACCGACGCCCGGCUGUAUGGGUUUGCAUGGGGACUUGUCGGAAUCGAAGCCCUGUGUUAGGAGGUAUUGCGGCAGCAUUCAUAGGAGGCGGCAUCGGGCUUUGCGCAUGCUGGCGUUUCAGAUGGCUGGAUUUUGCGAUGGCGUUUGAAAGAGAUUCCCCAGUAUCGUCAUUCUUAAUAGGAUUGCAAAUAGGAACAUGUGUGUAUUCACCAAUGCUGCCGCUCUUCUAUCGCCUGUAUGGUAUUUAGGAAUUCGUAGGCUUCUCAAGUAUCAUUUCGUCGCCAUUGUCUUCGUUAUAUAGGGCAUGGCGGCUUGUGCACCACAGCAUCGAUGGUAGUAGACUUAUAAAUGAGCUG